GAAAAGAAGAAAUUGUUCUCUCACUGAAAUGAAAUUUGAUAAACCCUAAACUGGGGAACCCUGAACUCACCACACAACAGAGAAUCUGAAUCCCAUAGCAGAAAUAACUAGCAAACAAUGCAACAAGUCUUAACAUUGUUGUAGAAUUUUGGAUUUUCUUUCACUCAGGAUAACCAUAGUAACCAUGGGUCGUCACUCUUCUGGCAACCACUCUCCCUCAUCCCGCCGUCACCGGAGCCACCGCAGCAUCUCUCCGCAGCUGCGAGAAAAGCAUGAGCGUUCCGCCCGCACCGCGGCUAGGUCGAUUCGGACGGAUUCCGGUUCUCCGGAUUCUCCCUCUCGCUCGCGCUCUCCGUCUCCGCGAACGAAGCGGUUGAAGAGAGCUCAGACGGACCGUGAGCCUCGUGAGAGUGAGAGGAGCCGUGGUAGUAGCAGAGGGAGAGGUUCGGAGAGGGAAGGGGCUGAGCGGAGGGAGAAGAGGAGGACGGAAAACGACGGAGGUGGCAGUGGUAGUGGAAGGAGUAGCAAAUCGGAGAAGAGAACGGAGAACGAAGACAGUGGCGGGAGAAGUAACAAAUCGUCGCGGUCGAGGCACGAGAGGUCGCCGGAGCGCGAGCACAAUGGAAGGAGCCGACAUAGGUCUCAGUCUCCGCCGCAUCGUCACGCCUCCUCCGGGAAUGCAAAGCCUCGUGAUGAGAUGAUCAACUCCAGCGGAGCUGAAGAAAUGGAUGAGGAGAAUGAUUCCAUUAGGAAAAUGAAGGCUGCUGAGGACGCUUUGGAAGAAAAACAGAAGCAAAAACCUUCAUUUGAGCUAUCUGGAAAUCUCGCAGCUGAAACAAAUCGAGUCAGAGGCGUUACUUUGUUAUUCAAUGAACCACCAGAGGCUAGAAAACCAGAUAUUAAAUGGCGGCUUUAUGUUUUCAAGGGUGGUGAAGUGCUAAAUGAGCCCCUUUAUAUACAUCGUCAAAGUUGUUAUCUUUUUGGAAGGGAACGAAGGGUUGCUGACAUCCCCACAGAUCAUCCAUCUUGCAGCAAGCAACAUGCUGUUAUUCAAUUCCGGCAAGUUGAAAAAGAGCAACCUGAUGGUACAUUAUUGAAACAAAUAAGGCCUUACAUUAUGGACCUGGGAAGCACAAACAAAACUUUAAUAAAUGAUAGUCCCAUUGAACCUCAACGAUAUUACGAACUUAGAGAAAAGGACACCAUUAAAUUUGGUAAUAGUAGUCGAGAAUAUGUACUAUUACAUGAAAAUUCCAUGGGGUAAUGAACUUCAAACUUUCUAGCUUGGCUCCGGUCUGCCCAUCAGAACUGAUCAAAGCGUUUCAUCAGAAGUUCUUGUAAUCAGAGUUCAACUUAUGUGUAUCUCUCUCCUUUCAGAAGUUUGUAGUUCAGGUUAUGUACAAGUUUCUUGUUAUUACUGCAAAACACAUUGGCUAAAUUCAAUCUUCAGUUCCCUACUUGAGCAAAAUUGAUCUUUAUAAGCUGAUAAA